AUGGGGGAGAGCGUGAGGGAGGCGAGGUCGUGGGUGUAUGGCUUUAAGUACAUUGUGUGCGACCGGCCCUUCUCAACCGUCAUCAGCCACUUGGCAACGGGCCUUCAGGUGAAGUGCAAUUGGCCUGUCGCCUCCAUAACUUAUGGCGCCAACAGCAGCGUGUUCGCAAAUCCUACUGCACCCAUCUACACCGCACCCAGCGCUGCACUGGCAGCCCCCAGUGGCGUCAUCACAGUGACCAGCAAGCACGGCGAGCAGCUUCAGGCAAAGCGAGUUGUCAUCACUGUCCCUCUGCCUGUGCUGCAAGCGGGGGAUAUCCACUUUGACCCGCCUCUCCCAGCACCCAAGCAGCGAGCAAUAGGAGCCGUGCGCAUGGGGUGUGCUGUGAAGGUGCUAAUGGCCUUCUCUCACCGUGUGUGGCCGGCCCAUCUCUUUGACAUCGUCUGCACCGACUCCUUCCUGCCUGAAUUCCUUGCAGUCGGCUUUGCAGCAGGCGAUGCAGCAGAAGCCAUGGCGAGCCUGCCGCCGCAAGUGGUGCUUUCCCGCGCUCUGGAGCAGCUAGAUGCCAUGUUUCGCCGCCCAUGCUCCACUUGCAAACCAGGGCCUGACAGUGUCAGGGUGACAGAGACCUGCCCGGAACAGACUUGUGGAAAUGACACGAGCGGGUCGUGUUGUGGCUGCAAGGAGCAUAGACUGCAGCUACAGGCGCUGCCAAAUGCUGCUUCUGAUGAUAGUGUUGGCACCUUUGUCGUGCCGGCAGCGUUAAUAAAACCACCCAGCUGCAGCAGGAGCAGCAUGGGCAGCUCGUUCCCUGCUGCUGCUACCUCUCCUCUCUGCACCUCCUGCCGCCCAGCUUCUGCAUGCUUCGUUUCAGGCUGCUUCGCUGACUGGUCCAAGGACAUCUAUAUCCGUGGCGCCUACACCCAUCCAACGAUUGGAGCAGGGGAUGCAAGGGAUCAGCUGGCGGUGCCGGUGGCUGGGAAGCUCUUCUUUGCUGGGGAGGCCACGCACUUUGGUGUGAACCCGUGUAUGCAGGGGGCGCUGGACACUGGUACCAGAGUGGCUAAUGAAGUGUUCUGGUCGCUUCAGGAGAGCAGGUUAUAG